CUUCCUCAUCCCAUCAUCAUCAUGAAGUUCUGCCUGGUGAUAACGAUGCUGGUGUCCAUUGCAUACUCUGUGGAGGUGCACUUUGAGGCACCGGACAGCGGAUUCUUCCUGAAACACGCCCGCCAACCACCUGUGACGCCGGAAAUAGCCAACAUACAGCAGACAUCCUCAUCGCCGCCAUUGAAGGCGCGCUCCUCCUACGAUUCGGUGCUCUCGCUGGACCGCUUCACGGUGGUGGAGACCACACAGCCGGUGUCCAUACGCGCCAGCUAUGGUCCAUUCUCCACCAAGCAGACGGUGCCGGCCCGCUACAUUGUGCCGGACACAAUGGACAACAACAACCAGAAUAGCAACAACAACCAGGGAGCAGGGGACUACAUAAACAACUCCACCGCCACACUGCUGGAGCUGCAGCAACCGAACAUGCAUCUGGAUAUCUCGGCGCAUUUGGUUAGGGCGAGCGUGUCCCAGGAUUCGCCCGUGCUGCGUGUCCUCUUUCAUGCUGGCGCCGACCCUGGCGGUCAUUUGCAGCGCCAGAAGGUCUGCGUUCUGCUGCACGUGGCCAUGGGCACGGAACAGCCGCUGAAGGGCCGCUGCAUGCCCGAGGGCGAGGAUGGGGUGUGUGUGGCCGAGGUGGUGGUGCCCCUCAGCUGGUGGCCAGCGAUUCCAGCGCCCCAGCGCAAGGACAACGCCCCAGCACUGCCACCCAAGGUGCCGCAACGCUAUGCGCAGGUCUCGUACAGCGUCUUUGAGCCACCGCUGCGCAAUCCGGAGCAGUGCGAACCAAAGGUCCAGAUCCAGCCGCUGACCACAUUCGCCCAGGUGCCCCUGAUGCCCGCCAAGACGCCGUUCAAGGAGCUGCGUGCCGACGAUUCGGUCACCUUCCUGCUGCCCCAGCAUCCGCUCUAUCCCAUGUCCAAGCUCCACGUCCCCGUCUUUUUGCACCAGUAUGUGGAUCAGCGGGUGGCCGCCUUCACCGUGCGUGCACGAGUCAAGGCUGGACUGCGAAUCAUGGGCGCCACCGCCUCCACCGAUCAGUGGAGCGUAUCGAUUGAGAAGGAGAAUCCCAAACACACCACCGCACGGGUCACGGCCUUCCGCAAGGAGCAGGAAUCCAGCAUAGAAUCGGCCAUGGCUGGGAAUCUAACCAACGAAUCGUUUGAGGUCUUCUCCUGGCUGCUGGAGGUGGCCGAGGACACCAACGACAUUGUGGAUGGCGGCAAGAUCGUGUGGUCUGUCACCCAUGUCUAUGACACGCCCAAGGACAAGGACUCCAGCGAACUGAUUGCCACAGAUGACACAAAGAAGCGGCUGAUUGCCAAGCUGGAGAUCAACAAGGAUGACAUCCAGGCAGUGCUGCCAAUGGCCAAGAUCUGGGAGGUGAUGAACACGGCCGUUCUAACCGGACGCCAGGUGGCCCAGGCCAUGAAGGUCUUCAUUGUCUCCCAGGCGGGCAAGGUGGCCGAUGUGACGCUCCAGAGUUCCUGUCAUGCGGAGGAUGAGAGUGUGAUUAAGGUUUCCUCCUCCUGCAGCUCUGUCUAUGUGGAUGGCUCUGAGCAGCGUGGCUCCUCGAAUGCCUCGGUUAUUGUCAAAUAUGGCACCUAUGUGGGCGUUGCUAAGUUCAUUGUUUGGAUGCCUGAAUUCCCGCUGGAGGUCUACAUAGCCGACUAUCGUUUGUCGCAGAUCAAGGGCUGGAAAGUGACGGAUGAUAAUCAUUAUCUACACAAUAAACAAUCGCGUCGCCGGAAGAAGCGCUCGUAUGUGUGGGGCCAGAGCCAGGGGCAGCACGGCAGCAACUAUUACAACAAUCUUGGGGCAGACAAGACCAUCUGUCGGGCACGCUACCAGCAGAGUCCCGUGGAGGUCUAUGCCAAGUUCUUGGCCGUCGAUCAGAACUCGGGACGCACCAGCUACUUCAUCUCGAGGCGAACGGGUCUACGGGUCACGGAUCUUGUGCAGCCGCUGCUGCGCGUGGCCGAUCCCAAGAUUGCCACGCUCAAGGGCCGCAUACUGCAGGGCAAGUCCAUGGGUCGCACCGAUGUGCAGGUUCUAUCGCCAAUCACUGGCCGUGUCAUUGGCACCAAGGAGAUCCGUGUGGGCAGCGACAAGGUAAACCUCUCGAAGCUUAUUGUUCGCGUGAUUUCGGGACUGCAGCUAACGAUCACGCCGGACAAUACAAUUGAGAACGGCUACCUGGCGGAGACCUCUGUGACCCACAAGCUGACGGCCCAGUAUCAGGAGGGGCUGCUCGACAUCGAUCUGGAGUUCAAUGAUGGCUCCAAGACCCCCCUGAGGGACAUUGCUGUGGAGGACUACUUCCUGCUGGUGGAGAGUCUCGAUACUGAGGUGGUGGCCUUUGCCCCCAUGCUGGCCUCCCAUCAUCCGCGUGUGAUUGCCGUCGGCGAGGGCAAUGGCAAUCUGCUGCGUGUCACGCUCCUGCUCUCCGAGGAGUGCCGCACGCGCAGGAGCACGCUGGGCACCGGCAAACAGAACAAAUCGAAUGUGGCACCGCUGGCCAGCGCCUUGGCCUCCAUCGAGGUGGACUUCAACAAUGUGGACAUUGUCAGCAAACAGGAGGCCAUACAAAACGAUGGCACUGUGGGCCGUGGCGAGCGCAAAAGUUUCCGCCAAACGGCUGGCGAUCUGGCGGACAUUAUUGUUGGAAUACCUUUGCGUGACUCUAGCCAACAGUAUGAGCCCACUGUUCAGGCCCGACAGCAUCGCGGCAGCAGCAGCAUUCAGGCCUCGCACAAGAAUCAUUUCAAUGGCAAGGGCGGCAUCGGCGGCACUGGACCCAUGUCCUCCAUGGAGCUGGGCAUGUAUGUCCUUCUAACUGCCUUCUGCUUUGCCAUCAUUGUCUUUGUGAUCUCGUGCGUGGUGUACGCCUCCAAGUUCCGACCGGCAAUGAUUGAGUCCGGUCUGGAUCCAUUGUCGGUGGGCAAGGGCGGUGGCGGUGGCGGAGGCGCUGGCAUAUCUGGUGGUGGUUUCCGGGAUGUGCGCCUCAAGGAGUCCACCACAAAUGCCCAUGACUGGGUCUGGCUGGGACGCUCCACCAUCGAUAGGCAGUCGGUGGUGGCAGAAACCAAUACACAUUUGAAUGCACGCGAUUCCCGCAUGCGCAUCACCAGCAAUCCGAUCAUCAACUACGAUAACGGACGUCGCGUCAGCUCCUUUGAUCAGCAGCCCAAACUGCAAACGCAUAUUGUGCCAGCCUCCAAUUUGAACAAACAGCAUGCCGAUCAUUAUCUGGCCAAUGAGCGCAAGGAGUUGCCUGGAGGAGCCCUGGACUAUAAACCGCCAGUGCCGCCGCAUAGGAAUGUGGGGGCGAGAGCGUGUCUGCCGAUUGUACAGCCAGCAGCAGCAGCAGCAGCAGUGGCUACAGCUCCAGUUCCAGUGAAGGAGGUGGCCAAUAAGCGACAUAGUCAGCUCUAUAAGCACUUGCAGAGCAACAACAUCAUCAUAAACAAUAAUAAUAAUAACAACAACAGCAGCAGCAGCAGCAAUAGCAUUAGCAUUAGCAAUGCCAGCGAUAAUAACAACACAAAUCAGCAGCCGAAACAACAGCCACUGGAACGUCCGCAACAUCAGCGCAGUCAUAGCCAUAGCCAUAGCCAGGAGCCAGCAGGUGCCAUCAUCAAGGCGGCACACAAUAAGAUCAAGCAACAGCAGCAGCAACAACUGCAGCAGCACCAGCAGGAGCUGCACAAUGCGGAGAAGCUAGUGGAGUACACAAAUCCACACCAGAAGAAUGCAUUUCAAUUUGAUUCGCUGACACCAAAGAGAGUAACCAAAGCAGCAGCAGCAGCAGCCGCCGCAUCAGCCCUGUCCAUGUCCACAGCUAUCCAAAAAGCCAAGGAGAACCACAGCAUGGUUAGCAGCACUGGGGAUGCGGCCAAUUCGAAUGGCAGCGAUGAGAUAAUGCGGCUGCCAUCGACGGCCAGUGGCAGUGCCAUCAGUCAUGUGCCCGUACCGGUGCCCACAACAAAAUCAUCGCGCGUCAAGCGUGCCACCGUUGUGGGCAAUCCCAUGUUCUCGGCCACCGUCGAUGAUACAGAGACACCCGGUGAGCGGCUCGGGUUGGAUGAUCUCGAUAUGGAUUACGAACAGAUCAUGCACUACUUUGAUAAUUUAAAGGAAUCAAAUGCCUGAGUGCAAGAGAUCAUUGCUAAAAUUCGCGAAAUAUUGUCAACGUUCCAUCAUCAAUAUCAGAAUGUGGCCACGCCCAUG